AUGCCGGCUCUGCCAGCGCUGCUGCUGUCGAUUCACCUCCUCUUCCUCUUCCUGCUGUUGCUGCUGCUGACCAUGGCCCCGUCCUCUCACAGCCAGACACCCGCUCUCUCAGCUGUCAGGAUGGCUGCUAUUUUAGAUGAUCAGUCAGCAUGUGGACGUGGAGAGCGGUUGGCAUUGGCUUUGGCCCGAGAGAACAUCAACAGUGCGAUGGAGGGCCCGGCACGAGCACGUGUGGAGGUCGACAUCUUUGAGCUGCAGAGAGACUCUCAAUACGAGACUACAGACACAAUGUGUCAGAUCUUGCCAAAGGGAGUGGUCUCUGUCAUUGGUCCUGCUUCUAGUCCUGCUUCUGGAUCCACUGUCAGUCAUAUAUGUGGGGAAAAAGAGAUCCCUCACAUCAAGAUUGGUCCAGAGGAGACGCCACGCUUGCCAUAUCUGCGCUUUGCCUCAGUGACGCUGUAUCCUAGCAACGAGGACUUAAGCUUGGCCAUCGGUGCCAUUCUGCGCUCUUUCAGUUACCCGACGGCCAGCCUGAUCUGUGCCAAAGCAGAGUGCCUGCUGCGAUUGGAGGAGCUUGUGCGUCACUUCCUCAUAUCCCGGGAAACACUCUCAGUCAGAAUGCUUGAUGAAAACUUGGACCCCACCCCCUUGCUGAAGGAAAUCCGUGAUGACAAAGUUGCGACUAUUAUCAUUGACGCUAAUGCAUCAGUGUCAAUACUUAUAUUAAAGAAGGCCUCAGAAUUAGGCAUGACAUCAGCCUUCUACAAAUAUAUUCUCACCACAAUGGAUUUCCCUCUGUUGAGGUUGGAUGAUGUUGUAGAUGAUCAGUCAAAUAUCGUUGGCUUCUCCAUGUUGAACAGCAGUCAUCCUUUUUACCUGGAGUUCAUCAGAAGCUUAAACCUGUCAUGGAGGGAAGGUUGUGACCUCAGCCCAUACCCUGGUCCAGCGUUGUCAUCUGCGCUGAUGUUCGAUGCAGUGCAUGUGGUGGUCGGAGCAGUGCGAGAGCUGAACCGCAGUCAGGAGAUUGGAGUGAAGCCUCUGAGCUGCACUUCCUCACUCAUCUGGCAGCACGGCACCAGUCUCAUGAACUACCUGCGCAUGGUAGAGUAUGAUGGCUUAACGGGCCACGUGGAGUUUAACAGCAAGGGCCAGAGGACCAAUUACACGCUGCGUAUUCUUGAGAAAUUCAAGGGGGGUCACAAAGAGAUUGGUGUCUGGUACUCCAAUAACACAUUGGCUAUGAACUCCACGUCUUUAGACAUCAACACGUCUGAGACGUUAGCCAAUAAGACACUCACCGUCACCACAAUACUGGAGAAUCCAUACGUGAUGCGCAAGGCAAACUACCAGGACUUCCAGGGUAACGAUCAGUAUGAGGGAUUCUGUGUGGAUAUGCUGCGGGAGCUGGCAGACAUACUGAAGUUUUCAUUCCGGAUCAAGCUGGUGGAUGACGGCCUGUAUGGAGCUCCAGAGCCUAAUGGGUCAUGGACUGGCAUGGUGGGAGAAUUAAUCAACAGGAAAGCAGAUCUGGCAGUGGCUGGAUUUACAAUCACAUCAGAGAGGGAAAAGGUCAUAGAUUUCUCCAAACCUUUCAUGAACCUUGGAAUCAGUAUCCUAUACCGCGUCCACAUAGGCAGGAAGCCAGGUUAUUUCUCCUUCUUGGAUCCGUUUUCACCAGCUGUCUGGCUCUUUAUGCUUUUAGCCUAUCUGGCCGUUAGCUGUGUACUCUUCCUGGCUGCCAGGCUGAGUCCAUAUGAGUGGUACAACCCCUUCCCAUGUUGGCGGGAACGCAAGGACCUCCUGGAGAAUCAGUACACACUAGGGAACAGCCUGUGGUUUCCGAUCGGUGGUUUCAUGCAGCAGGGUUCAGAGAUCAUGCCCCGGGCCCUGUCCACACGCUGUGUCAGUGGUGUUUGGUGGGCAUUCACGCUGAUCAUCAUUUCCUCCUACACGGCAAACCUUGCAGCUUUUCUGACGGUCCAGAGGAUGGAGGUGCCAAUCGAAUCUGCUGAUGACUUGGCAGAUCAGACAAAUAUCCAGUAUGGGACUAUUCAAGGAGGAAGUACUAUGACCUUCUUCAUGAACUCGCGCUACCAGACAUACCAGCGCAUGUGGAAUUACAUGUACUCCAAGCAGCCCAGUGUGUUCGUGAAGAGCACAGAGGAGGGCAUAGCGCGGGUUUUAAACUCCAAAUACGCCUUUCUUCUGGAGAGCACCAUGAACGAGUACCACCGACGCCUCAACUGCAACCUCACUCAGAUAGGAGGCCUGUUGGACACCAAGGGCUACGGCAUCGGCAUGCCUCUGGGUUCACCAUUCAGAGAUGAGAUCACGUUAGGUGUGCUCCAGCUGCAAGAGAAUAACAGAUUAGAAAUCCUAAAGCGUCGAUGGUGGGAGGGGGGGAAGUGUCCUAAAGAAGAAGACCAUCGAGCCAAAGGUCUAGGUAUGGAGAAUAUCGGCGGGAUAUUCGUGGUUCUGAUAUGUGGGCUCAUAAUAGCUGUUUUUGUAGCCAUUAUGGAGUUUGUGUGGUCCACGCGCCGGUCAGCCGAGACAGAUGAGGUACGCCCUCACUCCCGUACUGGGUACUGCCCCGCCCGAAACCACAGACAUGCACGAGUGUCAGUAUGUCAGGAAAUGAUGACUGAAUUCAGGAACGUUAUCUCCUGUAAAAAGAACUCUCGAUUGCGGCGGCGCCGACCCCUCUCGUCGCAGGGCGUCCUUCGGCACCCAGCCCGUCUCCCUUUAGGAGCUCCCCGGCCCAUACGGCUUGUGCGGGAGAUGCGUCUUAGCAACGGCAAACUCUACAGUGGGACGGGGCCGUUAACCGGUGCCGCAGCAGGACCAGGACCAGGACCUGGUGGGGGCUCUGCGGAAAUGGGCCCUGGCCCUCAGCGACUGCUGGAGGACCCUCUCAGUGCCAACGUCCCAAGCAGCACACCCGCUCUGGUCCCCACAGCGGUGCCCCGCGGCUGCACGCAUGUGCGGGUGUGCCAGGAGUGCCGGCGGAUCCAGAGCCUUCGCUCCACGUCCUCUUGUUCACGCAUCUCGCCACUGGCCUCCGCCACAUCAUCUCUCCCACGUUUGCCGCCGCCGCCACCCCUCUCUGCCUCCAAUACAAACACCGACAGCGAGGGUGGGAGCUCAGGCAGCCCACGCAGAGCCAAACCCGCACCCCCUCCGAGACCGGUGCCACCCACUAAAACUCCUUCUACUGAUCUCCUCUGCAAGCAGGACUGAGACCGGCUUUUGUCUGGACAAUAAUUAAUGUAAAUGAGUGCUGGAGGACAGAUGGAAUGACUCUACCCACACCUCCAGUCAAAGUGACCUCUGGGAUACUGCAAAUAAAGGCCAUUUUUGGAUGCAAAAUUACAUUAAUGGGCACUGAGUGAGAGAAAGAUGAUUCAGCCAUCCGCUUCCUUUCCAAGUGUCUGGUUUAACACCACGUCAUUCAGUGGCACACAGAGAGCCAGUGAGGUUUGGCAUACUGUUGAGACUAUGUAAUGCAUAUCCCAAGAAAGUAUGCUAUGCAACAUGUCAUAAAGGGAAACAUGGAGGGAAACUAUAAGGACGGCUAUCAGUUUUGCAUAGAAGUACAGAUCUUCUCCAUGAUUUGCAAUGGGGGACUACACUCCUGUGAGAGGACGAUGGAGUCUGUACCUAAAAUGUGUGCACGUUGAACUGAAAUGACUUAGGUGCAAAUUCAUUUUUUUUCUUUCUUUAAAUAAGGGGGAAGGGUUACAAUUCAUUUUUAUUCCUGAAUUUCACUUCAUUGGUUUCCUUUCUAGCUGUUUUCUUUGGUUUCAUUCUUUUAAUCCUUUUUUUAAAAAUAGGAUAUCCUGUUUUUUCCCUCUUGUUAAUUUCUCUAAGGAGUAUAUGGAUUUUUGUAAGUUUUGAUGGGUCGGGAAUUGGAUUUUCUGUUCUUCAACCUCUAAGAUUACUCACCUGGUUUCAGUCUCUCAUCUUCUGUCUUAUUUAAUUAAAACACCAGCUGUUAAAGGUUAAAAUCAACAUGAAACGGUAUUAAAUAAAAACAGUUUACUUCCAUAAUGUAAUGCAUUUCCAGGGUGGAUCACGCAAAGUGAGCGUUUCAGACCUGAAUGUCAGUGGAAUGUGGAGGUCAAGUUCACCCUUGAGACCAUCUCAGCAAAUCCCAGUGGUAACAUUGCCUUUUCAAUUCUAUAGUUAUUUACUAUUUUUGCCAUAACUUUUAUUGUAACGUAAACCGGCAUUAAAUUGCUGCGUUAACUAAUGGCAAGACUUUAGAAAGGCUGCGUUAUUGUACCUAGUACGGUAGUCUACAAUAAUGCCAGUUUGGCUAUUGGUUAACAUUAACUAAUAGCCCGCACAGAUGCUGUCAGCCGAACAGGAAAGUCAUUUCAGAAAUGAGAAAGUUACAUUUAUAUCAAAAGUUAUAAUAUUCAAGCAAUUUUUUUCCCUUUAGAAUAACGUGCACUGGUGAAUCGUUCACAAUAAGACCAAGAAUGUGUGUUGGGAAACUAAAUAGGAUCGGUUUUGAUUUCAUGUUGAUUUUAACAAGCUCCCCAUCGAUAUUUGCAACUCGUAAGUACACAGAGAAAUAUUUCUCAUCCCUGGAACAAGGACAACAACAACAAGACAAGACAGAAAACCCUUUAUGAACCUGAAGGGGCAUUUAUCUGAUUAUGUGAGAGGACAAUUAAUGAUGUUUUUCAUUACAGAACUAAAUGAGCCUCUAUCAUGAAUGGUUUUUUGAAGUGCACUAGAAGUUGCUGUCUGGGUGCUUGUGAGAUGCCAAUAUCCAUUUAUAUCCAAAGUGUAAACAUAGCAGCCCUGUUUAGAAUCUGCAGCAUUAUAACAUUUGUAUGUUGGUGCUUUAUGAUUGUAUGUGUGAGUGAGUGAGUGUGUGUGUGUGUGUGUGUGUGUGUGUGUGUGUGUGUGUGUGGGUGUGUGUCAAAGAGAGAUGAAAAUAUGAUAGUCAUUUUUUAAUUCAAAGCUGAUUUUUUUUCUCAUUAAUUUUCAAAGAUUUCUAUACCAGUGCUUGAAGAAUCACACCCACGAUUAAGCAAACGAUUCAGAUUGUAUUGUUAUUAAUAUUCCAAUAAAACUGUGGGGUUAUGUAGGAGGGCUGUUACCCUCUUUCGUUAAAUAUAUAGACACAUGUUUGGAAUAAAACAGAGUGAUUCAAACUGUGA